AUGGCAAUGUGGCCUAGGUCUGCUAAUCCUGCUAUUGCACCACCAAUCAUCAGAAAAAUGUCAGGCAGGCCCUCAAAAGCAAGAAGGAAAGAGGCCAGUGAAGCAAAGAAAUGUGAAAAAAUGCCAAGAACAGGCAUGCUGAUGACUUGCAGCCAAUGUGGAGGUAAAAACCACAAUAAAAGAGGCUGUCAGAGGAGGGGAACAUGGGCUGCUUUUGCUGCUUCUCAAGCCAGUACUACUUCUCAAACAUUUGAUGCUUCUCAAACAUUUGCUGCUUCUCAAGCCAAUACUGCCUCUCAAACUAAUGAUGCCUCUCAAACCUUUGCUGCUUCUCAGACCAAUGUUGCUUCUCAAACAACUGCGGCUUCUCAAACAACUGCGGCUUCAAACAAUGUCCCAAGGCCAAGGGGGAGACUAAGAAAAGCACUUGUGGUACCUGAAACUCCUCCAAGACCAAGGGGUAGGCCUAGAAAAGAUCCUAAUGUGCCUAGUGCUCCUCCAAUACCAAAGGGAAGGCUAAGAAAAGAACAUGCAGUUGCUACUCCAAAGCCUAGAGGAAGGCCAAGAAAAGAACCUGCAGUUGCUACUCUAAAGCCUAGAGGAAUGCCAAGAAAGGUAACAGAUGGUGUUGCUAGUUCUGCCCCUGCUGUUCUCAAAAGAGUUGAUUCUGAGGGUCCCCCUUCUUACCCAAAUAAAAGAUCUAAAACAGUUGGUAUGGGAGUCUUUGUUACUGAAAGUUUUUAUACAUCCUUGAAUCAUGGCAUGCCUACUAGUAGAGUGCUGAAUUUUGGUGGUAAACAUCAAGCAAGUCAGCCUAUAAGAUCUGCUGAAGUCACAGGAGACCUUGGUCACAAGGCACAGCAAGGGAUGAGGUACAAAGGCAAACCAUGCUACUCAAGAAGCAUGCUUGAUGAGAUUAGAAGGGACAAACUCAACAAGGCCACUAGCAGCAAAGGAAAGAGGCCAUGGAAGUGA